AUGAACUUGCCAGUCCCUCGCACACAUUGCAAGCUGUUCACACUCAAACGUUCUAGCUGCAAGCGACGUCUCGGCUACAUCAUGUUGGAAAACGUUCUAAACGAAUUUGCAUUUGACAUCGAAUGUAUCGAGAAGGAGCUCUCUUCUUUGGGUUUGAAAUGGCACUCAUUCGACGACCUUUUCCAAGCCCUGAGUUCCAAAGCUAUCACUGAACACGACCGCUAUGCCAUGUGGGCCGAUACCCUGGCACCCCCAAAGACCCCGACAAUCAAAGAAGUUGGAGUCGAAGCUGGGGUGUUCAAAAGUGCCCCAAACUCCUCGCCGACGGGCAAACGGACGGCUGAGGACGAUAACUCUCCUUCACCCAAGCGAGCAAAAACCCAGAAGGCAGACAAGAAAGUACCCGAGACAAGCGAUCCAGAACAGCACAAACCUCAAAUCGCCUACUGCAUGCCAAGUGUAACCGAGAGCUCCGGAGUCAAGAUUCUGUGGAAGGGGGCCACCGGCAAUUAUCUCUCUUUCAAGGACAUCGUGUUCACACAAUCCAAAACACGGGUGGAAAUCCAGCACGAGGCUAUGAAACGUCACGGUGCAUUCCAGGUGGAAGCUUACGCAGUUCGUAACCGCACGUAUAUCACGUACAUUGCCCGGAAGAGGAUCCAGCAUUUGCUAGACAUCGACCGACCAUCCGACUUUUUGGUAUUCGCUAUGGAAUUCCAGCCACUACAUAUUCUUCGCCCAAUACUCGCACGAGACAUAAAGGCACGGGAUAUCGCCAAAAACAUGAUUUUCUUGCAACAGAUAAAGCCAUCAUCGGAGCAGUCUUGA